CUCCACAUCCCAUUUCAAUGGCAGAACAAAACGAACACGAAGAAAUGAAGAAGCUAUUUUCUUCUUACAUAGGUCUAAGCUUCUCCGUCUUCUUAGCGCUUCUUCCAAACAACCUUCGAGAACAUUCUCUAAGAGCUUUUCGCGCCGAAGAAGAGUUACGACAGAUGCGGUCACGCCGGCAGGAAGAUUACAAAGCAAACGCGAGAGUUGCGGAGAUCUUCGCCUCUCACCGGAACGCAUGGCGAGACGAGGAGAAACGGUUACUACGACGGAUCGACGCCGCGUCGGAGGAGAUCGCGAGGUUGAGAGCGGUGGUGGAGGAUUCGAAAGCGCGCGUGGAGGAGCUGGAGCGUGAGGUUGUUGAGAGAGAUGAGAUGAUUGCGUUUGUUUCGAGGAGAUUUCAAGAGGAGGGAUUGGGUGGGUGCGGGAGUAGCGAACAUUACGGUGGGAAUAAGAAGAAUGGUGGUGGUGAGUGGUUUCAUAAAGAGGAGGAGAUGGUGGGGACCACUACUGGUUCUCAUGUGGAUGAGGAAAUUGAUGUUAUUUAUCAACAACAUAGUCAGCAUCUUAAUAAUGGAUUUGAUUCUGAGUUUUCUGCUUCUAAGUUUUGGGCAGAAAAAGCUUCACUAUGGCAGGAUGUACAGUACGAAUCCCUUGAAUCAGUGUAUAAUACCAAACAAUUUGUGGCAAGAAGGGAGUCCCCCUGGAAGGUAGAUGGUGAUUCAGCUGGAGUUUCCUCUAAACUGAAAUUACUUGAACAGGAAUUAUUAAAUCUGGAGAAGAUUGGUAAGGAUGUUCCAUCCAAGGUGUCAUCCUCAAUAAAGAAGCAGGCAAAGAGAUAUCAAUCACUUUCAGAAAAAAUUGACGAUUUAUGCAGACGCAUAGCUAGUGAUCCAUGCGAACCCUCUCUUGGUUCAGAAUUUCGAACUCAAACUCAAACAGAGUUUUUACUGGAAGCAUUCAGGCUUCAGCAGGGUGCAUCUGAAACUGGACAGAAACUAAUGGCUUUGCAUACCGAAGUCGGGAAGACCCAUUACAAAGAUGAGUUAAGAGGUGAGACCACACUAACCACAAGGCGGUCUUUGGACUCAAUACGGAACAACUUCAGAGAACUCCAGCGAAAUCUGGAGAUAUGGUUGGCCAGAAUUAUUGGGGAUCUUGAGGGGAUUCUGGCAAGGGACGGUGCAUCUCGUGUAAGAGAAUAUUACAUUUCUAGAUAUCCUUUUGUUCAAUAGAAUCAGAGAUUGGUAGGAAGCCUCACUUCUCAACCUAACUAGUUAGUUAACUCUUUUGGUAUGUAAAUUGUUGGGACAUGUAUUGUUAGUGUAAAGUCAUUUUACACUGUUAUCCAAUCAAAUUGCUUCUUUUAGCCACAUCAGUAUGCAAGCACAUAAAUGUGGUAGUUGGAUAUCCAUGUGAAAUGAAAUCAUACCACAUUUGCUAAUAUUGGCAUCUUAAAUAUAUGCUCUUUCUCACCCCACAAGCACAUCCAUCUUAAAUGCAUUUGUCCAUUUGUAGAUGGAAUGUAACAGCAAAGAUACAAUCAUCAAACACACAAACACACGCACACAUUUCCUCU